AAAGCUGCUCUUGAGGGAUGUAUAUCGAUCUUGCAAUCCUUAACGUUACCCGUAUGGUGGCUGACACUAAAGGCAGUUUGCUAAGAAAUCAAUUUAUUUGUGAAUCUGGCUGGGGUUUAAGGACCUUUUUUGUCCAUUUGAUCAAAGAUCACGUUCUAACUGAGAGAAUCAACACUACUCUUCUUGCUGCAUUGCCUUUACGUGCGGAAGGUUUUCCCAUAACAAAGGUGAACAAAAGAGAAAAUGAGAUGUUUAUUAAAUCGGAUUACCGCAGCGGUACUAGUGUGUAUUCUGGCAGUGCCACCUGCACAUCCACUCUCUGCAAGAUCAGAAUUGUUGAAGUGGCUUUUGAACUCUACCAGAUAUGACAGUAAUCUACCGCCUAAUUUUGACGAUGACGAGCCAGUCAAGGUGGCAGUCGAGAUCUUCGUCAGUAGUUUUGAUUCCAUCAAUGAAAUCACCAUGGAUUACACAAUGAGCAUCUUUCUUCGGCGGCAGUGGACGGACCACCGACUGAAGUUUAAUGGUCGCCUGUACAAUACCUCGUCGGUGACCAUAGAUCCUCGCAAAGCAAUGGAGACAGUGUGGAUUCCUGACGUGUUCUUUAGCAACGAAAAGACGGCCAAAUAUCAUGAUGUAACACAACCCAACCAUCUGCUUCGGAUUGAUGAAAACGGGACAGUGUUUUUUAGUUCAAGAGUUACACUGACGUUAGACUGUCCCAUGUACCUUAGGAAGUUUCCGCUUGACUCUCAAAACUGCUCCCUCAUUUUGGAGAGCUUUGCUUACACCAAAGACCGAAUACAAUUUGACUGGGCCGCCAGCCAGAUUGAUAAAGACGAGGAACUGAAACUGCCGCAGUUCUUUCUACUGGACACCAAUUUUGACACUUGUACCAAAACAUACAAGGCAGGGAUAUUUUCGUGUCUGCGAGUCGAUUUCUCUCUGAAGCGAGACAUCAACUUUUACAUCAUUCAAACGUACCUUCCCAGUGUGCUUAUCGUCACGCUGUCCUGGGUCUCAUUCUGGAUCAGCUACGAGUCCGUGCCCGCUAGAAUCUCCCUUGGUCUCCUUACGGUGCUCACUCUUACUACACAGACCUACAGUAUCCGGGCAACAUUACCAAGGGUGUCAUACGUUAAGUCAAUUGAUGUGUGGAUGGCAGUAUGUCUCGUUUUCGUAUUCCUGGCUCUGCUGGAAUUUGCCAUUGUCAAUAUCAACACGAGGCGACAACAUCGGUACACAAUAAGGAGACAGUCACCUACCAAUAAAGAGAAAGAGACACAUAAUAACGGAACCAUGUCAGAAGACGGUGUCGAGCCUAAGCUUAUUUUGAAACUUAAGGCAGCCAAGAUUGACAGAAUUUCGAGAAUCUUAUUUCCAGUUGGAUUUGUCGUUUUUAACAUCAUCUACUGGAUGGUGUACAUUCUUAUUGACGACUAGAACUAAUUGUUUACAUGUCUUUGAAGACUGAUUAUCUUAGAGCACAUUCAUAACAGCGGACUAACAGAUCCACGGAUCAAAGAUAAAAGAAUUAAGCUUGUCGCUUAAUUCCCGAUUAC